AUGUUCGGCCUUCGCCUCGUUCGCAGGCGCGCCGUUAACGGCGUCACCGCUGCAUUUCACUCGAAGCCUCCACCCACUAGCGCUGAGAAUGCGGCAGUGCUGCAGGACCUGGAGACGGCGCUGAAGACGGACCCAGAGGCCGUGCAGAGGCUGAGCACGUUACUGUCGCCGUCAACGACUCGGAACUUGUCUCGGGCGCUGAAAUCUGUACGGAAGAGCCCGCCAGCGGUUGAGGCUGCGACUGCUGCUGCAGUUGUGACACCUCCGACGACGCAGGAGCUCAAGAUGGUAGCACUGCAGGUGGGAUUGCCGUUUAUCGGCUUUGGCUUCGUGGACAAUUUCAUCAUGAUCAUCGCCGGUGACUACAUCGACCUCACGUUGGGCGUGUCGCUCGGCAUCUCGUCCAUGGCAGCGGCCGGUAUCGGCAACACCAUCUCAGAUAUUGCGGGACUUGGACUUGGCAAUGUGGUCGAAGAUUUCUGCGCACGACUCGGACUUCCUAUUCCAGCACUGACCAACGAGCAGAUGCUGUUGAAGAGCACGCGACUGGCAAAGGUCGCUGGCAGCUCCAUCGGCGUGACUAUCGGUUGUCUACUAGGCAUGGUCCCGCUGCUAUUCCUCGAGACGAGACCAAAGGACGACAACCCCGCCCCAUCAAAGACAGCGGUCACCAACAAUGAGUAG